AUGGGGUCGCUCCCGUUUGUGGCUGCAUCUCCAAAGAAACACCCUAAAGGAGGUAGCGAACACUCAAAGACUUCUUCUACUUCUUCCUCCGAGUCGUCAGAUUCAUCUUCCAUUUCAGCACCGCCGCUUCGAAGUUACCACACUUCGCAGCCGCAUACGCCUUUCACUGGAACACCGAGUACCACUGGUGCGCUGACUGCUUUUUCAAUUGGAACUGGAAUAUCGAGUGGUGGUGUAAUUCCUGAGGCAACAAGCUAUCCCGGUGACGGACAGCUGCACCAUGCCGAGCCAGCUCCAUAUGACCCGGCAGGUGGCGUGGGCACAAACGGAAGCACGCCUGUCUAUAACGCGAAGAGCGAUUUUGACUACGAGUCCUUGGCCCUGGCUUUGUAUCAGGAAUGGAUUGAACUCGAUUUGUUCCAAGAUGCUCUCCGCCGCUUCUCCACGGAAGAAUUCAGAUCAGCUGGUCUGACCGAAGCAGAUCGCGAGUUGAUUGCAUUCAUGGCGCAGCAAGAAAUCGGUCACGCAACUAUGCUGAGCAACAUUUUGGGAGCCCAUGCACCGCAGCAAUGUUCCUAUGUCUACCCGUACACCAACGUCAUAGAAUUCAUCGACUUCGCUCAAAAGAUCACGCGCUUUGGGGAAUCUGGCGUCUACGGGUUCUUGGCUCAUCUCGACUCGCGCGAGGCUGCAACAUUGCUUACCCAAUCUAUCACCACUGAAGCACGACAGCAGUUGAUAUUCCGUCAGUUUGAGGGUCUGUUUCCUAUGGUUGAAUGGUUUGAGGUUGGCAUACCGCAAUCUUGGGCUUGGACGUUGUUGGCGCCUUUCAUCAGCUCUUGUCCCGAGAACCAGACCCGGUUGAUAUGGGAGAACUUUCCGGCGUUGACGAUCGUUAAUCAACCCAAUCCAUAUAGCACGGGCAAUCCUUCCUCUGGGUUGAAUGAGACUGCCGGGUUUAAUUAUACCUCUGGUACCGGCCAACACAAUCCAGGCUUGAAUACCACAUCUGGCCUGGAUAACGCCCGCGGGUCAGAAAGCAGUCUUACAAAGCCCCACAAAGGUUCUGGAAAGACCAAAUUUUCUAAUUCAGGCAACUCAUCUCGCUCCAAUACAAGCUGUGGCGUCUCUGUCAGCAAGCUUAGGCCAACACCGCUCUCUUUUCCUGGUCGCAAGGUGCUGUUGCAGUGGGAUGCCCCUGGAAAGCUUAUCGGUCCUAAUAAUAGCUACGUGACAACUAAGCAAGCUGGUUUGGCAAAGUACGUUGUCUGGGUUUCCCAGCUUAACGUCACUUAUACGCCUUUGCAUACCGACGAUACUUCCAACAGUUCUGGAGGAUGGACUACGCAACCCGGUUUGGAGACGUACCAGGCUGAUCCUGCUUUCAACGGGACCAUAUUCAUUGCUAUUACCGAUAGUGAUCCUUACCUGAGUGCGUUCAACUUGAGUUUGAUUAACAGUCAUGUCGUUGCCGGUCCUGCUCUGUACCAGGCUGGUUAA